AAAAUGGAAGAGCAUUCCAGAAGGAAGGAGAGAAACCCUCGGAAGCCGCAGUGUGCGCUGGCCUAUCGUUCUUCGCCAUGGCUGCAAUUGCCAGCCACUCCCUCUUCCCUUCGCUCCGCCCCCUGACCUCCUCAAAAUCUCUCAAAACCUCCAGAUCGACAUCCAUCUCUGCCCGCCGGAACCCUAGCGCCAAAUUUUCAGCGAUCUCCACAUCCCUCAUCUCUUCCUGUCCUCCUCGGAGAUCAUUUAAGGGGCACGUCAAUGUCGCAGAUUCAACCUCAAAGACAAUUAGUGGUGAAGAAGAGAACCAGAUAUCAGAAAGCGUCAAUCAAAAAGACCUGCCAUCUAUGGGGAGUCUUAUCCAAGCUUACAAGGAGGCUAUCAUAGCAGGAGAUGAAACAACGGCUCAAGAAAUUGAAACUCUAAUAUGUGCUGUGGAGAAUCAGAAAACUGUUCUAUCUGCAAAAUUUGCAGAGAUAACAACUUUGUUAGCAACUGACAAGGACCAAUAUCUCCGGCUGAAAGCUGAUUUUGAGAAUUUUAGAAAAAAAACUGAGAAGCACCGCCUUAACUUUACAUCAGAUAUUCGAGGGGAUGUAAUUGAGAGUUUAUUACCUAUGGUUGACAGUUUUGAGAAGACAAUAAAGGAGAUAAAGCCAGAAACAGAGAAGGAAAAGAAGAUUGAGUUUAGCUAUCAGGGCAUAUACAAGCAGUUUGUGGAGGUCAUGAGAAGCUUUGGCGUCUCUGUAGUAGAGACGGUUGGCAAACCAUUUGAUCCUUCUAUUCAUGAGGCUAUUGCAAGGGAAGAAUCCCAAGAGUUUCAAGCAGGCAUCAUCACCCAAGAACUUCGUCGCGGAUUUCUUCUCAGCGGCCAACUCCUUAGAACAGCGACUGUCAAAGUGUCAGCUGGGCCUGUCCAAGUGAAAGCCAAUUCUGUCCAAGAAGUACAAGUUAAAUCACCUGAGGAUUUGACCUCAACAGCAAGCAACAGCGACUAGAUUUCAAUACACCGACUACAUAUUCAAAUUCCGAAUUCCUCCCAAGGAAUUUAUUGUUCAUUGAUGUAGAACCACAGUCGAUGCCGACUCCUUUUAGCCCAUGGCAUUUUGCCACAGCUAUAUUUCUAUUUGAAAUAUUUAUUAAAAGAAUAGAUUGCACAAUAGAAUACAAUGCAUUUGUUCUUGUUCUCAUCCCUCUUCGAUCGAAAUCCUCAUUUCUUUUCAGAUCAAUCUACUUUUGAGUUGUAUCAAAACUAGAGACGUUUGUUAUUGAUUCUGAAAGAUUGAAUUGUAUCAUCUCUUUUAUGUA